UUCAACGAUGCGGACGCAGCUUCAGCUUUAGAAGCAGCUUAAGGACAAUUAAUCAGUUCGCGUCAAAGUAAAGCCGAGAGUUAUCGCGAUUGCCUAUGCUAGCUAGAUGAACGCUGAGAUUAACGGAUGAAUUAAUUAUAUAAAGUGUUCCCGGUAAAAUAUGUGUGCAUAUCAGAAACAAGCAAACUGUGACUGCAAUUUAAAAAUGGAACCAGUUAAACGACAACUUUGCAUAUCCAAGAACAACAACAAUAUCAAAUGCUCGUAAACUAGCAAAACUGAAAUAAAUCACAAAAAACACUUCAAUUAAAAGUUUGGUGCAACAAUGAAAUUAGCAUGCUCCAACCAGUUGCCUCUGCAUAUUUGUGUUUCUCUGCUCAUCAUUGUUGUGCUUGUGGUCUUUGGCGAACAAACGAUAGCUGCUAGUGUUGAGAAUGCGGUAAUUGGAGAUAUUCGCGAAAAGUGGAUAAAUGACGACGAGCAGCAGUCUGAGCAGAAGGAGAAGGAGAGGGAGAAGCAGCAGCAACAGGAGAACGGACAAAAGCAGGAUGAGCAGUUGCUGCUUCCACUUGAACAGUUUGACAACUCUAUAGCCGCAAGGUAUCGCCAUCAUCAGCAGAAACAUCAACAUCACCAACAGCACCAACACCAACACCAACAUCAGCAGCAACAACAGCAUCAACACCGCCAGCAUCUGUCUCAUCACCGUGCUCGGAUUCACAGACAAAAUCAUUAUAAGGCCUUGGAGUUGGAGCAGCGACAACAGCAGCUGGGCAAGCACUCACAUUGGCGUCAUUGGUCAACACCUCUCCCACUCCCACUGCCUCCCUCGCCUGAUUAUGUCAACGAUGAGGCAGAACAGCAACAGAGUGCCGAAAACUUUGACUAUGGCAACUUCGAUUUGGAAAACUAUCAACGCUAUGCCAACAUCGAACUGCCAUCGGGCGCUUCGCCACGCUCCGGACGACAUCGCGGACGUCUUGUGACGCCCCAUGGCAACAACAAUGUGAUGGUCCCGUUGAUCUCCGAGCUGAGUGGCAAGUAUCUACGCUCGCUGCCCGACUCAGUAGACUUUCUGCAGGAUCGUCUCUAUCCAACGCAGCCGCAACGACAUUGGCCCGUCAAGCGAGAGGCGAUUGUCGAGGGCGAUGUUAUCCUGGGCGGCCUGAUGAUGGUCCAUUCCCGCGAAGACAGCAUCACGUGUGGCCCCAUUAUGCCACAGGGUGGCAUCCAAGCCCUCGAAGCCAUGCUCUACACUAUCGAUCGCAUCAAUGAGAUGGAUUUGCUGCCGAACAUAACGCUGGGCGCCCACAUCCUCGAUGACUGCGACAAGGACUCGUAUGGCCUGGAAAUGGCCGUUGAUUUCAUAAAAGGUUCUAUUAGUAACAUUGAUGAUGCGGAAUAUCAUUGCAAUAAAACGCAGGUGCGCAAAGUAAUAUCUGGCGUGGUUGGCGCUGCCUCCUCUGUGACAUCCAUACAGGUGGCCAAUUUGUUGAGAUUGUUUCGCAUCCCGCAGGUCUCGUACUUCUCGACCAGCCCAGAGCUGAGUAACAAGCAACGCUUUGAAUACUUCUCACGCACCAUUCCAUCCGACCACUAUCAAGUAAAGGCCAUGGUUGAGAUUGUCAAGAGCAUGGGCUGGACUUAUGUUUCGAUUAUCUACGAGGAGAGCAACUAUGGCAUCAAGGCAUUUGAGGAAUUGGAGGAGUUACUGGCACGCCAUAACAUUUGUAUUGCCAUUAAAGAGAAGCUCGUCAAGGAUUCGGGAGUGGCGGAGGAUAUUGCAUACGACAAUAUUGUGCAGAAGCUGUUGACGAAGCCGCGGGCUCGAGGAGCCAUCAUUUUUGGGUCGGAUCAGGAAGUGCGGCAAGUAAUGCGGGCAGUGAGACGAGCAAAUGCAACAGGCGCCUUCUCGUGGAUUGGAUCCGAUGGCUGGAGUGCACGGAAUCUCGUCUCUGACGACUAUGAACCGGAGGUGGAAGGCACCCUGUCCGUUCAGCCACAGGCAAAUCCAGUGCACGGUUUUGAGGAAUAUUUUCUCAACCUAACCGUGGAGAAUAACCAGCGCAAUCCGUGGUUUGUCGAGUUCUGGGAAGACCAUUUCCAAUGCCGCUAUCCGGGCAGCACGACCACGCCGUAUAACAACUACACACGCAACUGCACCACAAAGGAGCGACUGUCUCGCCAGAACACCGACUUUGAGGAUCAGCUGCAGUUCGUUAGCGAUGCGGUCAUGGCGUUUGCAUAUGCCUUGAGGGACAUGCAUCGCGAUUUGUGCGGCGGUCGUCCAUCGCUCUGCGAUGCCAUGAAGCCAACCAAGGGAGCCGAUUUACUCAAAUAUUUGCGCAAAGUUGAAUUUAAGGGCCUCAGCGGCGAUGAUUUUCGCUUCGAUGGAAACGGUGAUGGACCAGCUCGCUACAAUAUCAUACAUUUCAAGCAGUCCGUAGCCGGUCAAUACCGCUGGGUCAAGGUUGGCGAAUACUACGAAGGGGAGCUGCGCUUAAACAUGUCCGAGGUGAAGUUCAAGCUGUUGCAUCCAAAGCCACCGGAAUCCGUUUGCAGUUUGCCAUGCGAACGUGGCCAAGCGAAGAGAUAUGUCGAAGGCGAGAGCUGCUGUUGGCACUGUUUCAAUUGUACAACUUAUCAAAUCCGCCAUCCGGAUGACGAGACACAUUGCCUUGUCUGCCAACUGGGAACGUUGCCCGAUGCUCACAAGAAAUACUGUCGUCCAAUACCGGAGGUAUAUCUUAGACCCGAAUCGGCUUGGGCUAUUGGUGCGAUGGCCUUCAGUGCAACAGGCAUAUUGAUAACGCUCUUCGUUGUGGGCGUCUUUGUGAGGCACAAUGAAACGCCCAUUGUACGUGCCUCUGGCCGCGAGUUGAGUUACAUUCUGUUGGCUGGAAUCUUCAUGUGCUACGGCGUGACCUUUGUCCUCGUACUUAAACCAACAAAUAUUGUAUGCGCCAUUCAGCGCUUUGGAGUGGGAUUUUGCUUCACGGUUGUCUACGCCGCAUUGUUGACCAAAACGAAUCGCAUUGCUCGGAUAUUCAAGGCGGGCAAACAGUCGGCAAAACGACCAUCAUUCAUUAGUCCAAAAUCGCAGUUGGUGAUUUGCACGUGCCUGGUCAGCGUACAGGUAAGACACUCAAAUCCAAUGCACAGUGUAGAUACAAUCUUUAUCUAUGUAUGUUGGUUCUCUCUCCGACUGCAGAUACUCAUUAAUGGCGUUUGGAUGGUGAUUGCUCCAUCGCAUGCGAUGCAUCAUUAUCCGACACGCGAGGAUAAUUUGCUCGUCUGCGACUCGUACAUCGAUGCCUCUUAUAUGAUUGCGUUCUUCUAUCCCAUUCUCCUUAUUGUGGUCUGCACUGUUUAUGCGGUUCUCACUCGCAAGAUUCCCGAGGCAUUUAAUGAGUCCAAGCAUAUUGGCUUCACCAUGUACACCACCUGCGUCAUUUGGCUGGCCUUUGUGCCAUUGUACUUUGGCACAGCCAAUCACGUGCCUCUGCGAAUUACGAGCAUGUCGGUGACCAUUAGCUUGUCCGCCAGCGUGACGAUUGCGUGUCUGUUCUCACCAAAGCUCUACAUAAUUCUUGUGCGGCCGGAGCGCAAUGUGCGCCAGAGCAUGAUGCCUCCCCGUUAUGGCAAUAUGCAUCGCACGGCUGGCACGGGGCCCUCCUCAAUGAUGGCCGCAGCGGUUGUAACGGCUGCCACGUGCGCCCAGGAAGAGAAAUUACAGAAACAUAUCACGCCCACGGAAACAGAGCAUUCGGUAAAGACGAAAAAGCUGUGCGAAAUGGCCACACAGACGAUUGCACUGUCGAGUAUUUUCACGUCCCUAGAUAACAAUGCCUACAAUCAAAUACCCUAUGCCGAUCAAUAUGUGCCAAAUAACACAACUACAGCCACACCCACAGCCUCUAAUGGCAAUGGCAAUGGCAUCGAGAGCUGCAGUCAGGACGAGCAAGUGGUGUCCAACAACAACAAAAUCAAUCAGCAACAACACGGCCAGCAGCAGCAACAGCAGGCGAAUGUUGUUGUUGUCGUUGCAACAGCGAGCAAUCAUAUUGCCACUAGCAGCAGUCCAGCAACAGCAACAACAGCAGCAGCAGCACUGGCAACAACAACUGCAACUGUUAGCGCAUCAGAUGCGGAAGCUUCGUCGGCCACAACAAAUGGUGGCAGCAAGCGAGCUCCAGUGUUGCAGACUAAUUUAUAGCUAAACGCGCAGCAAUUGCAACAGCAGCUGCUGAAGGAGCAACAGCGUCAGCUACUGCAGCAGCAGCAGCAGCAGCAGCAUCUUGAUGAUGCUGACGUGAAACCAGUUGCAACUGAAUCUGCCGCAGGCGGCGACGUUGCAAGCAAUGGCAGCGGCAGCAUCAGCGGAAGUGCAACAACGAUUGGUAAUGGUAGCAGCAGCAGCAAAAAGCGUUCUGCGAUUCCAGUUUAAAGAGGCUACAACCACAACAAAAAGAAGAACAGGUAUCUAUAGAUAGAACUUAACAAAAAAAAAAAAGAAAUACUUAAGUAAAUUCAAGCCAAACAAAUGUUCGUAAAACGACGAAGAAAAGGCGACGGCAUUACAAUAAAUUAAUUUUGGUUUCUGUUGAGCAGAAAUGAAAUGCAUUUGAAUAGCAUAAUUUCACAAUAACGCCACUUCGUCUGCCAAUUUUGGCAGUUAUUUAAAUUGUAAAAUAUUUACAAUAAACCCAACGAAUGAGUCGUAGCAAGAACAAAUUGUCAGCCAGAUAUAAUUGAAUCAUUUCGAUUUUGCGGAAACUGUUUUAAAUGUUUUAAAUCUACGAUUAAGCUUAACUAGUUAUAGCUAGCAUGUGGUUUGGUUGCAAUCGCAACAAAGGUUACCAAAACAACAAAACAAAAACAACAACAAAAAUGUGAUAUAAUUUCAAAAAUGUGUGUUUUCUGAAACCAAAACCAAAAACAAAAUAAGAAAAAACUAAACUCGUACUAACUGUUAGUCUAAGUUGAAAAAGCAUUUAAAGUUAAGUCACAUUCACACUAUGAUCUUAUAUGUUACAAAAGGGUUGCACAACCACUACAUAACAACAACAACAAAAAGCCAAAACAAAACAAGCUGCAACCCUUUUGCAACGUGGCAGAAAUGGCGGCGUCUUUUGACAAUUACAUUUACUUUGUUGUUUGAGCCCUGCAACUUGGUAGAUUUAAUUGUGUAAAGUGGAUCCAAAGGCGUCAGAGGCCGAUAGUAUAAUUAUAAGCACAGUAAGUUUUGUAAAUACACACACACACCCACACACACAUACACUCUCCAAAUAGUUAAGUGUUUUCUUUGUGUAAUACAUAACGACAGAACAUAAUAUUACGUAUACGUACCGCGGUCUGGCAUACGAGCAAGCUUAUCGACGAGUAUGUCAGUUGAGAUUAUAAGUGAUAAAUACCAAAAAAAAAAAAAAAAAGAAAACCACUUAUUAUUAAAUUGAUAUAAAGAUUAUAUUUAAAUAUAAUAAAAUCUAGCCAAAUUAAAAGAGUUUAAUUGUUAGCGAAAUGCAUGUAUGUAAUAUUCCCCUUGUAUGUAUAUCUGUGUGUGUGUUUUUUAUGUAAAUAUUAUUACAAUUUGCAUAUGAGAAUACCAAGCAUAUUCAUACAACUGAGUGUCUCUACUAUCUAACUGCAGUAUACAAACAAAUAUUGUACAACAAAUAAUUCAAACACUAAUAUUAACAUAAAGAUCAAAUAAAAUUAUGCUAAAUGUUGUU